AUGAAAGCUUACUUGCAUGCCCUUCAGCUGGUAAGAGAAAUGAUGGGAUACCCUCUAAACUUGUACUUCUACUCUUUUCUUCACCAUGUAGCUUUAGAUUCACUUGUCAAUGCAUACAGGAAGGAAAGUAGUUCUCUCAUUCUCUGCACCACUACUCUCAACAACAUUCCUUCUUCCUCAUCAACAACUCAUGAAAGUCAGAUCAAGUCUCAGUUGGAGUCAAUGGAGCUUGGAGAUGUGGUAGUGGAGCAUGUUUCUAGUGGUGAUGAUGACUUGGGUCUCAAGAAAUACAGUCUACAUUUGGAGCUCUUGGGGUUGCUUGAUGUGAACCCAAUUGGUUCUAUGAUUGUGGGUCAUAACUUGGAUAAGAUGAAAGGAAGGGGUGGUUACAAAGGUGGGUGUUCUUCUUUUGGGGAGGCUUUGGGGAGGAAUAAAGAAGGUUGCUAUUUUGUGAGCUUGCCAAUUGGGGAUGGAGGGAUGGAGUUGGCAAGACUUGGUGGUGGUGGGUGUUGUGGUAAUGUGCCUGUGGAGAUUGAGAGGAGGUACAAGAGGUUCCAUGUCACAUUUGAGGAGUGA